GCUAUGAAUCCGUUUUCCCAUCAACCAUUUCUUUUCAAGGCCCAAGUCUCCGAAUACGUUGAUCGAACAACGGCGUUUCCUUCACAUCUCAAGCCCACAAGCCCCCAAAAGAUGCCGUCGGAACCCACGCUCGCCCCGAAGCAGCUCCCGUCCGCCGGGCACGAGGUCAUAGCCGUGCUAGAGUCCAUACACGUGCCAUGGGAGGAGUUCGACAGCACGCCCAGUAGCCACGAGGUGCUCCUGUACAAAUACACCGACCCCGACGACGACGACGUUGCCGCGCGGGUCAGGGACGCCAGCAUCGUCAUCCUUUCGAUUUGCCGGCUCACGGCUGAGACGCUGAGACAGGCACCGCACUUAAAAUGUAUCAUCAGCCACGCAGUCGGGACAGACCAUAUCGACCUGGCCUACUGCAGGCAGGCCAACAUCCAGGUCAUGACCUGCACGGGCUGCAACACCGAGUCCGUCGCCGAGCACGCCCUCUCGUUGUAUUUUGCGACGAGGAGGAGUCUCGUCCCACUCUACACUGCGCUGGCCGAUUUCGGGCCAGACCGUCCUAACGACUGGAAGUCCAAGGGCAGCCUGAACGCCAUCAUGCGAAACGGCACAGGGGCGCUACCGCGGACAUGCUCUCAGGAGACAGCGGGUAUUAUCGGCUACGGCGCCGUGGGGAAGCAAAUCGCAAAGCUAUGCCGGGCCCUAGGGAUGAAGGUCGUGAUAUCUCAGCGCAAAGGCACCACCACCACCGCCACCAGCGACGACACCACGCUCGCCACGACGGGACAGCAGCAGCAGCAGCAGCAGCAGCAACAGCAGCCGCCACCGCCUCGUGUCCCACUCCCAGACGUCCUCUCGCAGGCGACGGUGCUCUUCCUAGCGCUGCCCCUGACCCCGGAGAGCGCAGGGCUCAUCUCCGCGGCCGAGCUGGCACGCAUGCGGCCCGACGCGGUGGUGGUCAACGUGUCGCGCGGCGGGAUCGUCGACGAGGCGGCCGCGGUGGACGCGCUGCGGUCCCGGGCGCUGUUCGGGUACGGCACCGACGUGUUCGCGCGCGAGCCCGCGGGGGACGGCGGCGACAGCCCGCUGCUCGGCGAGGCGGCCAGGGGCCUGAACCUCGCGCUGACGAGCCACCUGGCCUGGUUCUCUGGCACGACCGUGCUGAACCAGGUGCGCAGGGUCAAGGAGAACCUCAGGGCGUUCCUGGAUGGUGUUGUAGGGCCGUUGGAUGGUAUUGUUGUGCAGCGCGACUUUGCAUCAGACGUCAGACCUGGUGUCACGGCUCCUUGAGACUGGAGGUGUUGGUCUGCCUCCUGAGUCAGAUAUGCAUUCAUUAUUCAGUCACGGCGCUGCAGAAGUACGUCGCAAAGUGGGCGACGAUGGCCCCUUUCCAGAUGGAGCGUCUGUAAGUGAGGUUCGGCGGACACGUUUCUAUCUAUGACUGUCUUCGACGGAACCAGUUAGUUGCAUGUGAGCUGUCGGCGCGAGGAGACAGAUCGAUCGAGGCGGCAACGCAAAAUGAUACAUUCAGCUGAGACAAGCGUUCUACUCUCUCAACCCGUUAUGCAGAAUUUGCGUCCAAGAU